GACGCAAGGCCAAAAGGGUGAACCGGUUAAGGGUUUUCCAAAUCGUCUCCUCAGCUAUCGGCUACUGUUAAAUCGGACGAAGAUCUCAGUCAAAUCACCCUUAGUAUUCACUCUUUCAGUCUUUCUCCCUCUCUAAUUCCCUGCGGUGUAUCUUUUACUGACAUCCUUAAAUUCGUUUCUGGGCACGAGACUAAAAUACUGAGAUUUGAGUAUAUAAGGUUCGGUUGAGUUUCAGCUGAACUUGGAAUAUAAUUUCGCUUGCUUGAAGCGCUGAUAAUCAAAUGUUAUCUUUCUUGCUGUCUAUGUGGUAGUGAGAAAGCAUUCUGUUAUUUCAGGCCGAACCACUAACUUGCAAUGUCCGCUAACAACAGCAACCCUACUAGGAAUGUAGUGGGUCCUACUGUUUUGGGGAAUGCUGGAGCAGCUUCGUCAUCUAUGCCUAUAAAUCAACCUUCUCAGUUUCAUCCUCACUCACAAUCCCAGGGGCCAAAUAGUUGUCAUCCUCAGGGCCAAGUUCAGAUACCUUAUCCGACUCCACAACAAGUUGCUAUGUCUCAGGCGCAGGCACAAGCUCAGGCUCAGGCUCAUGCCCGUAAUGCUCAGGCAUAUGCCCAAUAUCAUGCCGCUCAAAUGCAGGCUCAAGCCCAAAACCAAAGCCCUGGAAUGGGUCAUGCUGGUGUUUCAUCUCCCUCUCUCUCCACUCCUGGUACAGGAAGCAUUAAGCGCAUUCCUCAGAAACCUCCUGUACGUCCUUCUGGACCCACCACAGCGAACACAGUUAGCCCCUAUAGAACUAUGGAGCUAACACCAGCUGCACGAAGAAAGAAACGGAAGCUCCCAGAGAAACAGUUGCCGGAUAGGGUUGCGGCUCUUCUACCUGAAUCUGCACUCUACACCCAGCUGCUUGAGUUUGAGGCUAGAGUUGAUGCUGCUCUUGCAAGAAAGAAGAUUGACAUUCAAGAGUCCUUGAAAAACCCUCCCUGUGUCCAAAGGACCCUAAGGAUUUAUGUUUUCAACACAUUCACGAAUCAGAUCCGAACAAUCCCAGACAAGCUGAACUCUGAACCGCCUACUUGGUCGCUGAAGAUAAUAGGUAGGAUCUUAGAAGAUGGGGUAGAUCCAGAUUCUGCUGCUCUCCAGAAGCAGAGCUCUAUGUUUCCGAAGUUCUCCUCCUAUUUUAAAAGAGUUGUUAUUUCUUUAGACCAAGCGCUCUAUCCUGAUAAUCCUACCAUUAUGUGGGAGCAGGCUCGAUCACCAGUACCUCAAGAGGGCUUUGAGGUUAAAAGGAAAGGGGAUAAGGAAUUUAUCGUGAAUAUACGAUUGGAAAUGAAUUAUUCCCCUGAGAAAUUUAAGCUUUCGCCAGCUCUGACUGAGGUUCUUGGGAUUGAGGUCGAGACCCGCCCUAGAAUCAUAGCGGCGAUUUGGCAUUACGUUAAAGCCAGGAAAUUGCAGAACCCUAAUGACCCAUCUAUAUUUGCAUGUGACCCUGCUCUCCGGAAAGUAUUUGGUGAAGAGAAGAUGAAAUUUGCUAUGGUUUCACAGAAAAUCUCGCAGCACUUGACCCCUCCUCAGCCUGUACAUUUGGAACAUAAAAUCAAGCUUUCAGGGAAUAAUCCUUCAGGGAGUGCUUGCUAUGAUGUCCUAGUUGAUGUCCCCCUCCCUCUGCAAAAGGAGAUGUCAGCUUUCUUGGCAAAUACAGAGAAGCAUAAGGAGAUUGAUGCCUGUGACGAAGCGAUCUGUGCAGCUAUUAAGAAAAUUCAUGAGCACCGAAGAAGACGAGCCUUCUUUCUGGGGUUCAGUCAGUCUCCGGUGGAGUUCAUUAAUGCCCUGAUUGCUUCUCAAAGCAGGGAUUUGAAGCUUGUUGCUGGGGAAGCUAGCCGUAAUGCUGAAAAAGAACGACGUGCAGACUUUUACAACCAAGCAUGGGUUGAAGAUGCUGUUAUUCGUUACCUGAACCGCAAGCCACCAGCAGGCAGUGAUGUUCCUGGAAGUACAUGAACUAGAAGAAACCUAGAACUGAGUGUAUUGUCGGAGAACCUACAUUUAAGUUAUCAGUGUCAGCUGUGUAAGAGUAUAUCUUCUUUCUAAUCGAGCGUUAAUUUUUAGUCUAGUCUGUGUUACAAGUUAUAUUGCAGUGGCGACUAACAAACCAGAAUGUCAUCCUUUCGGAAAGAAAAGAUUACCCACAUUUGACUGUGGGAGUGAAAGUAAAUAUUGUUCCUAUUGUGCGUCUUGUUCGAAACUAGGUUUACCCUGUAUUCUGUUCUUUUUAUAUACUCUCAGUCUCAGUAAAGUUGGGGCAGAUUUUCGGCCA